GUUGAAAGAAAAUUUAUCGUGGAAAAGUAAGAAUUGAUAAAGCAGAACAAGUAUUCCUUAUACUCUGUCUCAAAGGGUUUAAAGCUUCGCUUAAAAACCAACUGGCAUAAGAACGCAAUAAACUCGUCCACAAUUUUCCACUAGUUUUCCACGAGUCUGGCCUACCAUCAGGGAUCGUAAAUUGCCGGCAGAACAAAAACAAGGCACGUCAAGUCCCGCUGAUGUAGGAUCGCGAACGUACUAAUUAUCGUGGCUAGACCGCGAAUUAGGGGCGUAAGACUAAACGAGGGGAUCGUCGUUGCGACGACAUACGCCGUCGAGACGUGUUAUCGCCGGCCUCGAUCUCUUCAUCUCUUCCUCUCCUCUCAGGAGGAAGAAGAGAUUUUUGCAAGAACGCGCAAUUACAAAUUACGCGCGAAGUAAAGAGUUUCUGCGCUCAAGAAUUCGGGUAUUUCUUGUUGAUCGAAACCGAUAACAAUCGCGUUAAAUUGCAAAAUGAGAUUCGUUCUCUCUUAAAAAUCAUUUAUCAUCGCACAAAGUGUCUAUCUUGGAACAAAAAGUAACGAAUCGAUGGUUGGUGAAGCUGGCCGCGAAUGAUGCAAUUAAAAUUAAUCUGUCGAUGGUGGAGUAACCUUUAAAUAAAUUAAAUCCAUCGCGUGAGAAAAUGGCAAGAAGAAAAGAGGUGGUGCUCCAAGUGGAGAUAGAGACCGAGGACGAUUGGAAGCAGUUGUUGGAAAAGAAGGGGUUGAUACUCGCCGACGUUUACUCCUCGUGGUGCGGCCCGUGCAUCGCGAUGGUCAGCAUGCUUCGAAGCGUGAAAAUGGAAGUCGGUGAUGCGAUCAGGUACGCGAUCGUGAAGAACGACAACAUCGCCGACCUCGAGCGAUUCCGUGAAAGAAGCGAGCCGGUCUGGAUGUUCCUCGAAAAUGGUCAAAUGGUCAAUUUGAUGUUCGGCGCCAAUUGUCCCCAGCUUCGAAAACUGAUAAUGUCCGAGAUCAAACGUGUCCAGUACAAGGAAGAGCCGGAAAUGCAGCAAGCUGUCAGCACUAGGACCGCGGAGGAGGAGGUUUCGUGGCAGGAGAAGGAGGCCAUCAGAAAAGCGAUCGAGGAGCGCGAGCGUGCCAAGGAGGAGGCUGAGCGGUUGGAGAAGUACGAGACGUUCUUGGCUCAGAUGAUAUUCGAGCUGAGCGAGUUCACCGCUCUGGUUUUCUAUCCGUGGGUGUUCAAAGACGAGCAGGGACGGCACAGGGACAAGUAUCAGUGCCCUCCGUAUCUUGAACUGAUCAAUACCCUGUUCAAACAGAACUACGACGUAUUAGAGGAGUUGCGAAUACAGUUAACCGAGGAAAUAAUCGAGAAGAUGUUCGUCGAGAGCAACGAGGAGGUCACGAAGGCUAUCGUAGUAGGAUUGACGGAUGGUAGAACGAUAGCGAUGAGACUGAAAGGUAGACGGCCCCAUCCCGAUUGGCCCGUCCUUCCCUUCGAGUGCCCCAAGGGGAUUAAAAAGUGCCCCACGCGAGAGAUCAACGAUGUGGAGAAUUAUCUGAUACAUUUGUUGACCAGCAAAGAGCCGCUGCUUCAGGGUAACGCUGUCCCCUUCAAUACAACUGACUCGUACAUGGAGAGGCACGUGUACGUUCACGAGCCUGAUCCCGAGGACGAGGAGGACUUUCCUCGCACCCAUCCCGCUGUUUGGGUACCCCCUCAGGCCCGGAGCAAAGUGCACGUGUACACAAGCAUCUUCAGCAGUUAUAUGGAAUUGGUCCAUCCUUACGAGGAGCCUGUACCGCCUCCUCCAUUCUGCGCCUUCAAAUUCUAUUAUUCAAAGUUCCCCAUUCUCAGUGAGACGUGCGCCCUUUUCCCCGACGCCAUCGAAUAUUUUGGUGCGUUCGAAUUCGAUGCUCCCCCAAUCGCAAGGCGAAUAGCGUCGUCCCCUGAAGACUUCGAGAGAAAGGCGAAGUAUCAGACUGGGAACGAGAUAUUCGUGAUAAUUCUCCGGAGGGUGACCGAAGAUGCUUUCCUGUCGUUUGCCAGCAUUGAGCCGUACUUCAUCACGGAGGAUCAUGAAAGGGCAGAAGCGAUGAUAGACGAAUACUUCCCCGAGGGUGCUGAAGACGCUAUUCUCGAGCUAUACUUGGAAGAGGAGGAAGAAGAGGAAGAAGAAUAUUAUGAAGAAGAAGAGCAUGAAAUAGAGGUUCAAAAAGAGAUUCAAGAAGACGUAUUCGCUACCUAUGAGUUUAUGUGAAGUUGGUAUUUUCUUCAUUUUUCUUUUUUUUUUAUUUCCUUUUUGUUGGCAUUUAUACAUAAUGCCGGUUCUAGUCUAAGAGUACUUUUCAUAAUUAUCGAAAUAAUUUGAUCGUAAUAGUAUAUUCAAUUAUUUUUCCGCAUAUAUUUCAUAUAUUUUAAAUUAGUAUAACAUUAUAUCCAACACUACUCUUUUUGAUUUUGACAUAUUAACAGACGUAAACAAAAAAAUCAACAAAAACAUUUACUAAGGUUUUUCCUCUAGCAAUGGUCUUUGAUCCCGAAAUUUUAGCUUGAUCAGUAAUCGGUCAGAAACGCCUACCAACGCAAAUAAUUAAAAUUUAACAAUACCUGACAAAGAUAUAUCGCAUACCAAUCAAAUAUUUCGAAACUAUUCAUAAAGAAAUUAACCAGACAAAGCAAACUUGUAUUUUGCAAUUAAUAAUUCUCUCUUAAAAAAUACUCAAAUUUGCUAAUAAAAAAAUUAAAAAAAAUUUUUUUUUCUCGCAUAUUUCUCGAUUUCUCAUCACGUACACGAAAAUCAUGAACAGAUGUUUAAAAGUUUAUCGAAAAAGGUUCCGUCGUGCCUCGAAUAAUUCAUAGGCUCGCUUUUUUUUUUUUCUUCCGCCGACCAAGAAUUUCAUUCUUCGCGCGUUUUGGCAGAGCCGGGAUUAUACUUGAAUAUUCGCUGUCGUUGGCAACGUGUUUGCGUAACUUUGGCAAAAUUCCAGCCGAUACCACGGCCUCUGGAGGCUAUAUUACGCACCUGUCUCGCUGGUAAUUUUUUAAUCAUGACCCGUCAUGGUUGCCAACAUACCGUCAAAACCAGCCAUAUUCACCUCGGUUAUGUUACAUUGUUACACGUCGCUUUUAAUCCUUGGUUAUGAAUAUUGAAUAGGAUAAUUGGGAGAAGAUUUCAACCGACAAUAGAAUUUGUUCAGCAGAUAUUAACACAAUAUUGUACGUUCUUUGUUAUAAUUAUUAGUAUAUGAAAUUAUUUAAAGUGGAUCGAGUAUACCGUAUCAUUUGCAAAAAGAUU